CAGACGGGUAGAGAGCAGAGGAGCACGGCGGCAACAGCGCGGUUCCUCUCCUCAUCUCGCGAGCCAUGAGGUCGUCGGCAGCCGACUCUGACUCCGACUCCGACUCCGUCACCGACCCACCAGCGUCAGCGUCAGCGUCUGCAUCAUCCCCGCCACCGAGUUGUUCAGACUUGGGCGAAAUCGAAUGCAGCCGCAGCCGCCUCGGUUAAUGCUGCGAGUGUGUGCGUCGCCCAAAUGGAUGCUGCCGAGGCCGAGGCCGCUGCAUCAUCGACGACAACAUCUCCAUCGCGCGACGACGCCGCCGCGACACGACUCCUAGUGACAGUGCCAUGUGCCCUGUGAGUGACUACUACUCGACGACGAGGUGAUCCACCGCGAUGGCCAUCAACUUCUCCGCGUCCUUCGCGGCUUGUCUGGCCGCCGGACUCAAGGUGCCAAGACAGAUCAUGUACUGCAUCUCUCAAGACACGGCCGCUCCUUACGUCCUGUACAAAGAUGGAAUGGACCAAACUCGAAGUCAGUGGGGUGCCCAAGAUGCAUAUCCGCCACCACAGCAAGGCACUUCCGGUGCAGGCAGUCCCCAACAAGCCUGUGGUCCUACUGUACCCCUUGGAGUCGAAGCCGACGCCGUUCCUCCCAGAGACCAAAGUUUACCUUCUCCUGCUCCUUCCCCCUAUCCUGCCACUCAAGCCGAACCCCGUGAAGACGACAUCCAACCCGAACAACCGACAAUGGACAUAGAACCAAGACCGGCGUCGCAGUGCUUUCCCACCGAUCUCCAACAACAACAAGCCUACCAACAGUAUGCUAGAGCACCACCACCUGCAGCACCGCCUCCCGUUCCUCCACAUAUGCUAGGAGCUGGGAGUUUCUCAGCGCUUCAUUAUCUCAAACAGCCCGGUGUCAUGCUAACCAGUCUUGGAGCGGAAGGGAACGGCCAACUCGACCAGUACUCCGGCGCCAUGCAGGACUUGCGUUCGGCCAGCCUCCCGGACGUGAUUCAGCAGCAGCAACAGCAACAAGGCUUGAAGCAGAGCAAAAACGGUCUCGGUGGCGAACUGCGACUAUUCAAGUGUUUGACAUGCGGCAAAGACUUUAAGCAGAAAUCGACUCUUCUGCAGCACGAGCGCAUCCACACGGACAGCAGACCAUAUGGGUGUCCGGAGUGCGGGAAGCGCUUUCGGCAACAAAGCCAUCUAACCCAACACCUCCGCAUCCACGCCAACGAGAAGCCCUACGCUUGCGUUUACUGCGAACGCACCUUCAGACAGAGGGCCAUCCUCAACCAGCAUCUGCGAAUCCAUUCCGGUGAGAAGCCCUAUGAAUGCCCGGAGUGCGGGAAACACUUCCGCCAGAAGGCCAUCCUCAACCAGCACGUCCGCACACACCAAGACGUGAGCCCCCAUUUGGUGUUCAAAAACGGCAUGAACCCGACCCUUUGGCCGCAAGACGUCCCUUUCCCCCCCGACGAGGGCAAGGAGGAGGUAGCGUCGACGUACGGCGACGGCGACACCAACUCCCAAAACGACCGCUCCGGGUGCUUCUCCCCCAACGGAGUUUCCGGGAACCUCCAAUACCCCGCGUACUUUAAAGACGCCAAAGGCAUGAACCAUUCGGUUUUCGGGUCGAGUACGAACUUUGGUGCGUUGCAGUACCUCAAACAGCAGCAAGCCGGAAAGGUUCUACCGGAUGUCAUACAACAUGGACGCUCGGCGGGGAUGCCCCUGUAUGUGCGGUGUCCGAUUUGCCAAAAGGAGUUCAAACAGAAGUCCACUUUGCUGCAACAUGGGUGUAUACAUAUCGAGUCCAGGCCGUAUCCCUGUCCAGAAUGCGGGAAGAGGUUCCGACAACAGUCCCAUCUUACGCAACAUUUGAGGAUUCAUACCAACGAAAAACCAUAUGGGUGCGUCUAUUGUGGGAGGAAUUUUAGACAGAGGACCAUUUUGAAUCAGCAUUUGAGGAUACACACCGGGGAAAAGCCCUACAAGUGUGGACAGUGCGGGAAGGACUUCAGGCAGAAGGCCAUCCUGGAUCAGCACACGAGGACGCAUCAAGGUGACAGACCGUUCUGUUGCCCGAUGCCCAACUGCCGUCGGCGCUUCGCCACCGAGCCCGAGGUGAAGAAGCACAUCGACAACCACAUGAACCCCCACGCGGCGAAAACGCGUCGGGACUCCACCGGUUCCGAUGGCAAAUUAACAGCAAACGGUAUGCUACCCCGCGGCCUCACCCCCACGACGGUGGUCAAACCCGAGCUGUACUUCCCGCAGUGUUACGCCCCCAGCUUUAACCCUCCAACGAGCGUAGCCCAGUUUCAGGCUACCAACCCGGAAUUCAAGCCGCCCAAUGCUUUGCCGACCCAGUGACUAACGGCGAGCUGGCAACUGGGUCCGUGUAUUGGGUGACCCUUUGCCAGUCUAUGGACUGAACCCGACACUUAGUUGCAAGCUUAACGGACUCAUCCUAUAGUUAAGUUAUAUAUUUAUUGGUGAUUUCAAUGAAAUAUCCACGGGGUAUUUUGCUGAGUGAUUAUCACAUGGUGCUGAGAACCACUACACUGGUUCACUGUAACAUACGGAAUGUAGCACUUAACGCGAUAAGUAUACAUACUAUAAAUAUAAAUGUAAAAGUAUUUUAAAUUUUAUCCAGACGUGUCCUGUUCACAUAGUGGCAAUACUUUAAGAACAAAGUACUUUUUAAGAACGCGAGGCUGAGACCUGGCCAACGACAAAUAAUGACAUUUGAAAUGUCAAAUUGUGGUUAGGUCACAUGUUAGAAAACAAUCAACCAAUCAUGAAACUUGAAUUUUUUUCAAUUAAAAAGAGAGCGCACGAUGUGUGAUUUUUGAGCUUGAUUUCGGGCCCUUGUGGCUUUUUUGCUCACUAAAUCGGCUUAAACGGAAGAGUUUUGAUUCAAUUUUCGUUUUUCAUCGCCUUUUAGCACCCACACUUAACCGUUUAAGUGGAGUAGAUCCUGCAAAAUCACGACAAAGACAGACAUAUUGAAAAACAAUGUGUCAAUUGACACAAUAAAUCACUCGUUCCCAGCUCUCAGUCUAGUGUAACUUUAUUGUUGUAGUUAGAUUUUACUCUUAUGUGAUCUCUUUAAUGUAAAUUGGCAAGAGAGAAUUAUAGAACUGUUUGACGGGUUCUAACAGUUUUGCGCAACGUAAAUCCUCUUCACUUCUCCAUCAACAGAAAAAUUUCGUUCAAGUGAUUUUUUUACAGAUUUAAAUGUUAUAAACACACUAAUAAUAGGGGUGAUGGUGUGAAAAAUCAUUCUUUAUAUUAUCUACAGUUUUUAUAAACAUAUACAUUAAGAGGUGAAACUUUUUAUAAACGGUCUACACACCUUUGCACAAACAGAAGUCGAAUUGUGGUUAGGUUUGUCCGCGAUGAGGUGCACCGCGUGACCAAAAAGCACUGUUUCAGUUGGCAACAAUGCGUCUUGAUCACGUGGUGCAAAUUUUAGAAUUUAGGCCCCGUCAAAGCUAUUGUAAUGAACUAAUGACCAAAUCGUUUUUUGUAAAUGUAUUUGUUUAUAUAGAUUAUUUGUAUACGAUUACUUUAGUGAAAAAGAUAUAUUGAACUGUUUAGGAUUUGAAAGUGGUGUGCAGGCCUACCUUUUUUCACUUUGAUCACGGCUGUAGCAGCCGAUUUUGUUGAGCUACAAGACUUAUAUAAAACGUGAUAGCAUUUAAUUAGUUGUAAGCCUUUUUAUGUAUAUAAUUCAAUUUUUAAAUCAUUUUUACUCAAAUGUGUAAUAAUGUAAAGAGAUAAGACGAGAUUAAGUGAUUGUGUGAUAUCCCAGUUGGGUCACUUUCUAUACUCUACCGUUUUUCAAACUGACUCUGCUUCAAAUCAACUUCAUCAGCGGCAAGACUGACACCAAAGACUUUGAAAUAAUUUCGGUUUGCAAUUAAUAUUUGAGUUGGACGUGUCUCAGCAUUCCCAAACCAUUCCAUUUGUUCCAUUUGUCAGUUUGAAAAACGGUUAAAAAGUCGAAAUUUUCAUUUGCCGGCGUGCAACUGCAAUAAUUUAACUUCCAUUUCGAUAGUUACGUAGUUUAACUACUCUAAAAUACUCAUAUAUGUAGUAAUAAGGAAUAUUGUACUAAGUGCAGCUAAAUCCGUGUUUGCUAAUUUUAGUAAACUGAGAUCUCUUAGAGUGGAAAUGGUGUAAAACUAUUUGUUAAGUGCCAUAGUCUAUAACUAUUGUAAGGGUUUUUGUUAUGUUUUGUUACACUGCAUUUUAGUAUUUUCGCGACUCACUCUACAGUGUUUCUUUUUUUUUAAAGUUUAUAGUGAGACUGAGGUGAGAAACAUCAUCGUUUUAAUUCGCUAAGGGUUUGUCAAUUUGCCAAGUGAUAUUUACUUAGAGAAUCAAAAUUUAAAUCAGUAGGAUCAGAAAACCAACCAAAAGACUGGGAUAUUAAUGAACAGGGUUUUUUAAAUUGUCUUGUAAAUGUUUUUAGUUAGUCAGAGUGUUUGGACAAUUGGUGUCUUCAAAACGCCCGCAUUUCUGUUCGUAAGACAAUCUUUAAAGAAUCAAAUGCUGUGUUUAUCUUAUAGGUUUUGUUUUUGAUUUAUUUCUUUUCAAGUAUUAUUCGGUUUGAUGAUCUAUAAGAUAAACAUGAAGUACUCAAAAGUUUAUCCAGUGGUAUAUAUGUGUUUAUAAAUCGGAACUAUUUUGCGUCCAACGUACUUUGAAUAAGAGAAUCAUUUCAAUUUUUUUACUACAGCUACUCAACAGUAACCUCAAUAAUGCCAUUACACAAUGACAGUUACUAAAUGCUCAACCAAUGUACAAUAGUCGUAUUUUUUUUAAACACAUGCAAUACAAGUAUUUGCUCAAAAGUACAAAUACUGUAAAUAAUAGAUACCGGAAUUGUUUUAUAUUAUAAAUAUUAUAUUCUAAUAGAAAUAUAUGAAUUGAUUCUCUUUGUAUUGCAUAUUAAAUAAAUAUGAAUGUAUUUGUUAAACCCAAA